GCAAGUGGCUUCCGUAGAUAAAAGCCGGUGCUCGAAUUUUUACCUGAAUUAAAAUCUACUUUUCCACGAUAAAGACAUAAUUUUGUCAUGGAUCGGCUGUUGCGUCUUGGUAGUGGUGGCAUGCCCGGUAUGGGCGGGGGCGCUACAACAAGUGAUGCCCCAGUGGUGGACACAGCUGAACAGGUCUACAUAUCUUCACUUGCACUUCUCAAGAUGUUGAAGCAUGGCAGAGCUGGCGUACCUAUGGAAGUCAUGGGUCUCAUGUUGGGAGAGUUUGUGGAUGAUUACACGGUCAGGGUAAUCGAUGUGUUUGCAAUGCCGCAGUCCGGAACAGGUGUGAGUGUAGAAGCCGUUGAUCCCGUCUUCCAAGCGAAAAUGUUGGACAUGUUAAAACAGACAGGUCGACCUGAGAUGGUGGUUGGAUGGUACCAUUCGCAUCCUGGAUUUGGCUGCUGGCUUUCCGGCGUUGACAUCAACACGCAGCAGAGUUUUGAAGCAUUGUCUGAACGCGCAGUGGCUGUGGUCGUUGAUCCAAUUCAGAGUGUCAAAGGAAAGGUUGUGAUUGACGCAUUCCGGUUGAUUAACCCGAACAUGAUGGUGUUAGGUCAGGAGCCAAGACAGACUACAUCCAACCUUGGUCAUUUAAAUAAACCAUCGAUACAGGCUUUGAUUCACGGGCUAAACCGUCACUAUUAUUCUAUCGCCAUCAACUAUAGGAAAAAUGAACUGGAACAAAAGAUGUUACUGAAUCUCCACAAGAAGAGUUGGAUGGACGGCCUUACUUUGCAAGAUUAUAAUCAACAUUGCAACACCAAUGAGAAGGUGGUCGGGGAGAUGCUGGAGCUGGCGAAGAAUUACAAUAAGGCAUUGGAAGAAGAAGACACGAUGACACCAGAACAGCUCGCCAUCAAAAACGUCGGCAAGAUGGAUCCAAAGCGGCAUCUUGAGGAGCACGUGGACGUCCUAAUGACAUCGAAUAUCGUGCAGUGCCUCGGGGCCAUGUUGCACGCUGUUGCCUUUAAAUAGACUGAACUUGUUACUUAGUUUAUAUGCUGUGUUGAAACGAAUGUCUCGGGCUCCUCAUUUGAAGAUGUGCUGACUAUCUAGAAUGACUUUGAGAGGAUAUUUCACUGGGCAGUGAUGGGAUUUUAAGUGUCCAAGCUAGUACACUGGCUAAAGUGAUACAACUUUUAAACUACAGCAACAACAGUUCACUUUUGGACAGAGUUAAGCCUGUGUCUACCUUGUAUUUGAAUGUACCAGGCUUUGGGAACCAGUUGUAAUUGGCACAAUCAAGAUACAAAAGGUUGGGUUUGCAGACAACUUUACCAUUGGAGUAAAGUUGGAGCAUUUCAUUCAAAAUGGGGUCUACAUGUACAUGUAUGUUUUCAUGAAGAUGCAUGUGAUAAAUGUGAAUUCUGUACCUCUUUGUAAAUAAAUUACACACAAAAAAA